AUGGCGCUGAUAUGCUCAAUAUGCAACGAAGUCCCGGAGGAACCAGUGUUAUCGCUAAAAUCGAAUUGUAUAUUUGAGAAACGAUUGAUCGUCAAGUAUAUCAAGGAAAACGGCAAAGAUCCCGUAUCUGGCGAUGAUAUUGAAGAAGCUGAUUUAGUCAACAUUAAUUCCACACCAGUAUCAAAGCCUCGGCCACCUUCUGCAACCAGCAUACCUGCGCUAUUGAAAUCGUUACAAGAUGAAUGGGAUGCCUGUAUGCUUCAUAGUUAUACCUUAAGGCAGCAAUUGCAGACUACCCGACAAGAGUUGUCGCAUGCUUUAUAUCAGCAUGAUGCAGCAUGUCGUGUCAUCGCUCGUUUAACUAAAGAACUUACAGCUGCUAGAGAAGCUUUAGCAACAUUGAAACCUCAAGCUGGCGUUUCGGCUCCUGCUGCUGGCGCUCAGCCUGUGGAACAAAUGGAAGUUGAAGAUGCAACGCAGGAAAUUGGUCUUACGAAGGCAAUAAUACAAAAGCUACAAGAUACGUCAGUUGCUUUGACUUCGGAACGUAAAAAGAGAGGUAAAACUAUACCUGAAGGUUUAGCUAAGACAAGCGACAUCAGCAAAUACGCAGAAAUAGCCUCACUUCCUGGUUUGCAUAGUGCUAGUGCUAAAGGAAUUUUGACCAUUGAUUUGCAAGGCGGCAAUCCUUCUAGAAUAGUAACAGGUGGAGUAGAUAAAAACGUCGUCGUAUUUGAUCGUACAGAAGAUAAGAUUAUUGCGACGCUAAAGGGUCACUCCAAGAAAGUUAACAAAGUCAUAUAUCAUCCGAAUGAGGAUAUUGUUUUUAGUGGUUCUCAGGAUUCUACCGUACGUGUUUGGUCAGUACCGGAAUCGUCGUCCCGACAUAUGAUAAAGGUCCAUGAGAAAGCAAUCACUGGCGUCAGUUUGCAUGCUACAGGCGAAUACCUACUUACUAGCUCUGCGGAUCAGUUAUGGGCUUUCUCUGAUCUUCAGUCUGGAAGAGUUAUCACAAAGUCUGACCCUGGUGACAAACAAGAUGAAUUCACAUGUGCCGAAUUUCAUCCUGACGGUCUUAUCUUCGGUACUGGUACAUCAGAUGGGAUCAUUAAGAUUUGGGACCUUAAAGAGAGAACCAAUGUUGCAAAUUUUAGCGGACAUUCCGCAUCAAUUACUGAUAUAUCAUUCUCUGAAAAUGGAUACUAUUUAGCAACAGCCGCCGAAGAUAGCACGGUAAAACUAUGGGAUCUGCGAAAGUUGAAGAACUUUAAAUCAAUUACUUUGGAUGACAGUGUGGUUAAAUCCGUAUCUUUUGAUCAAAGUGGUACUUAUAUGGUAAUCGGUGGAUCUGAUAUACGGGUAUAUUUAUCCAAGCAAUGGCAGCUUUUGAACACCUUAUCAGGUCACAGCGCUGAUGUUACUGGAGUAAAAUUCGGUUCUAAUGCUUCCUGCAUCGCGUCUUGCAGUAUGGAUCGUACUGUCAAAUUCUUUGGUCUGUAAUACGGAAUCUUGGAUAUUGACCUUUAGCGGGUCUUUACUCGCGUAGAUUUACUUAAAUUCUUGAUAGCCUGUUCUAUGCACUUUCAAGAAGUUCACUACCCUAAUUAUUAUUUCCUGUAGAAUCUACAAAGUUCAAAAAUCAUCUGUAUAUUAAUUAUAGUACCUGAUAAGAAUGUCAGUAAGACUAUCGGUUCAUUCGAAAUGUAGAACAUGUUUUUGACUUCUUUAUGUACUAAACUAUACGAACCGUUGUUCGUUGUCUGUUAAAAAUUAUCUACUCUGAAUGUAAAUUAAAAUGCGUGAAUCUUGUAACGGUGAUGGACACCGUGAAAAGUAAGGUAGCACGAUGAACUCGUACUUUACCAACUAUUUGCAACUGAAAAUAACUGUAUUGCUGUUUGAUAAGUUUGAAAAUGUAUAGCGAAACCCUUUUUUAAGCAAUGUUUUCAUACUGUUGCUUUAUAUCUUGCUGCAGAGCUAACAAUUAUAAUUAUGAUGGUACGUCGACUAGUUAAUAAAGCGAAAA